AAACCCCGCAAACGUUGCAAUUUCUCUCAACUUUAUCGUAACCAUGGCAGAUGACGAGAGUCCGAGCCCGAACCAGGGCCUUGUAGCUGAAACUCAGUCUCCGCCAAGAGAAGAUCCGUUGGAAGUUGACGAAGAGGAAACUCAAGAUAAUGAUUCCACAUACAAUCUGUCGGAGGGGUCAGCCAGCCAGACGUCGUCAAUCAACUCCAGCAUUCUCAACUACAGAUACGUGGUAGUGUUCACCUGAUGGCCCAACCAUCCGAUUUACUAAUAGACGACCAAGAACGGCCGCCGGUAUCAUGCUUUUCGUGAAGGUGCCUACUUCGUGGUACGCAGAACUUUGACGACUAAGUAUCAUUGAGAUUGAAAUGCUGAUGUAACUUCUCUCAGCCCAACGAUGAAGAAGAGCAAACGCGAAUGGACCUGGUACAUCACAUUUACUCUCUGAUGCUAGACGGUGCUUUAUUCUUGGCGCCUAUUGGUGACCAUCCUCAGCGUGUUCUAGAUCUGGGAACUGGCACUGGUAUCUGGGCGAUGGACUUCGCAGAUGACUUUCCCUCAGCUGAGGUCCUCGGGACUGACCUUAGCCCUAUCCAACCACAGUGGACGCCACCAAAUUGUCGAUUUGAAGUAGACGAUUUCGAGGCUGAAUGGCUUUAUCACACGCCCUUUGACUUCAUCCACGCACGAGAGCUGGAAGGCUGCAUUAGCGAUGACAACCGGUUCUUCCAGCAAGCCUUACAACACCUAGCUCCUGGCGGUUACAUCGAAAUGCAGGCAGUCGCGGCACCGUUUUUAUCAGAUGAUGGUACGGACGAGAAGGCUGUCAAUGCCCAGCUAUGGUUGAAGACCCUGUGUGAGGGAUCUGCCAAGUUUGGCAAACCAAUUGAUUGUGCUCCUUUGUGGAAGGAUAAGCUGAUAGCUGCUGGCUUUGAGAACGUACGGGAAGAGAUACGCAAGAUGCCACUCGGGUCAUGGCCCAAAGACCCGAAGCUCAAGGAAAUUGGCAAAUAUCAGUCCAUCCAAGAGGCUCAAGCCAUUGAAUCAUACACACCGCAGAUCUUCUCGGCCGUUCUUGGAUGGUCGCAGGAGGAAAUACAGGUUUUCAUGGCGAAGGUUAAGAAUGAGAUCAAGGAUCCUUCGAUUCACCUUUAUCUCCCUGUUCAUUUCCUUUGGGGAAGAAAACCUGCGUCUUGAUACUUACGUUUGCGGAGUCAAGCUGGAUUGGAGAUUGAGGCUUAGCUUCUAUCAUUUAACAUUUAUACAUCUGAUAGGGACGAUAUCUAUGCUUCAUGCGAUAGUGUCUAUGGUAUUCAAUCGCAAGUGAAUCCGAAGUCUCCAAUUUUCUAUGUAAUAUACGACACCACACUUGAAAGAUCCAAUCUAACACCACCAUGAAUC